CGGCGCCUCCUCAUCCGUCAUUCCGUCGAGCAACUCAGACGCGCCGCCGUUGCUAUGCUUCUCCGACCCCGCCCCUUCCUCCUGCAGGCCCUCACGCCUCUUCCCUUCUCCCGCGGCCCCCUCGCGGUCCGCCGCACGCUCUCGGCGCACGCCGCGGCAGCUGGGGCCGCCCCCCGCGGCGAUGCUCCCGCGCCGGCGCGAACCCGCCACAAGAACUCCCGGAAGGCCGAGCCGCCUAGGUUGCCCGCGGAUACGGCGCUGUUUUUCCCGCCGGGGAUAGACCGGGACGCGGCUGUGGCGGCGGAGAUGUUGAUUCCGGGGUCGAACAUCGUGGUGGGGCCGUACGCCGGGGACGCGAGGGUAAAGGAGGCUGAGUUCAUCGGGUGCAGCGCGCACGCCCGGGACUGCCCCAAGGACGACCGUCCCGAGUUCGCCGUCCUCGGCCGCUCCAACGUCGGCAAGUCCUCUCUCAUCAAUACACUCACUCGACGCAAGGAAGUCGCACUCACCUCCAAGAAACCUGGGAAGACUCAAACAAUUAACCACCAUUUGAUCAACAAGAGUUGGUACCUUGUGGAUUUGCCUGGUUAUGGGUUUGCAGCUGCGUCCAAGACAGCUCGAACGGAUUGGUCUUCAUUUACCAAGGGGUAUUUCUUGAACAGGGACACUUUGGUCGGUGUACUGCUCCUUGUUGAUGCUAGUGUUCCAACUCAGCAAAUUGACCUUGACUGUGCUAACUGGCUUGGUCGUAACAAUGUCGGGCUAACCUUUGUCUUCACCAAGUGCGACAAAGUAAAGAAAGGCAAAGGGGGUCGGCCUGAUGAGAACAUCAAAGUAUUCCUGGAGAACAUCGGUUCGCUCUAUCCAAAGCCUCCUCCAUGGAUCAUGACGAGCAGCACCACAGGACUAGGCCGCGACGGGCUGCUCCUCCAUAUGUCGCAGCUGAGGAACUACUGGGACAAUGAGGCGACCUAGGUCAGGGUUUCUUCAGGCUUUGAAUAGGCUUGAGGCAGCUGCAGCUAGGAGCAGCACUACUUACAGACGAGAGUAGCACAGACCGAUACAUCCUGCCCGACGACACGCAGUUUCUUCCAGUUUCUGGACUUCAGAUCAUGCUUUGUGUAAACUUCAGGUUCAGAUGUACAGUAUAGUGGAAGAUGAUUCAUACGCAGACUUGAUACAGUAAUACCGCGCCCCUUUUGGUCUGUGCUUGUUGUAAUAUUUGGCUCACCUGCGGAAGUAAAGUCUCGUCCACUUGUUACGAUUUCUGAACGC